AUGUCGGACGGAGCAACUGCUGGAAGUAAGGUCACCUUCAAGAUCGUGUUGACCAGUGAUCCAAAGCUCCCGUUCAAGGUACUUUCUGUCCCCGAAAGCACCCCAUUCACCGCCGUCCUCAAAUUCGCCGCCGAGGAAUUCAAGGUGCCCGCAGCCACCUCCGCCAUCAUCACCAACGACGGAGUCGGCAUCAAUCCAGCUCAAUCCGCCGGAAAUAUUUUCCUGAAGCACGGAAGUGAGCUCCGUCUGAUUCCACGUGAUCGCGUCGGCUGCUGCUAA